AUGAUAAAUUUUGAAAACAAUAUGGAGAACCCCGCGCUCGAAUACACAACGGGGACUCCAAUGUCACAGAAAGGAAAUUUAAUUCAAAAUGAGCACGGCUACGUCAAUGGUGAGACGCUUAUAGAUCCUUCUAUUAGUUCCAUUAAUGAUCACGAUUAUCCAAAUAAUUCUCAUCUAGAUUUAAGUGAUUCAACAUCUGAGAACGUCGAGUGCAUAACAAAUUCUAUUCAAAAUGGCUUCCAAUCUGAAAUUCUAUGCGAUUUCGUCGGCGAUGUGGGAUUGCCGUCCGAUGUUAUUCGGUUGGAAAAUGGAUUGGAAGUUGAAUCAGUAUCCAACUGUAAUAUUAAAUUUCCAGAUUCUCCGGAAUCACCUUUUCCAAUUAAAAUCAGCUCUUUUGGCUCAAUUGAAGGUUUUGUUCCGUGUUUUGAUGAACACUUAGACAAUUAUUUGAUAACUGAAUUCAAAACUGAAAACCAAUCUGAUUCUCAUGAAGAUGCUAACUACUCAGAAGAAGAGAGUAAAAAUGUCACUGAAGCAAUUUCUGAAAUUGCGAAAAGCUUCGGUUUGGAAGACCUACUACCAGAAAAUUUUCAGAACGGCAGCUCGACUAAUACAACUGUUGAUGACGACAUGUGUGGUAACAAUGAUAGCAAUAUGGGAGAUAUUUCUUUGGGUGAUUUAGAGAAGUGUUCAGCCCUUCAUUCUCCAACGUCGUCACUAGAUCUUGCUGAACAGUUUUCGAAAGAUGUGCAAAAUUAUGAGUUAAGUUGUUUAGAUAUUCUUGCUUCGAAACAAGUUUGUGAUUCAUUGGAGAAUGCGUCACAAAAAGAUGAUACAGCAGCAUUUAUAAAUACAGAAGUUAAUUUAUCUUCUGAAAAUCAGACUCUUGAAAUAUUUAGAUCAAAAAAUACAGAACAAAGUUAUGAGAAUAAUGCAAUAGUUCUUGAUGGACAAACUUCAGAUUCUCCUAUACCAUCAACUGACACUGUACAAGAGGAAUUAGAAGAUAAUGUACCACAGAUGCAGAUACCUGAUAUUUUAGAGCCUACAAAUAUCAGUGAAAGUUGCCCUUCCUCUGGUACUGUGUUAAUCACUCGUGAUAAAAGCUCAAACAAAAUGCAGAUAGUUUUAACGCUCGAACAGGGUCAGCAAGUGUAUGAUAUUGAUACUGAUAGUGGUGAUAUUAAUGAACACGCUUUAGGUUUGGAGUUACAAAAUGCUUUAAAUUCUGAACCAUUUCAAAGUGCUGAGAUGAAUUCUCUGGAGUUAAGUGGUAUAUCGGCAAAUGAAACCGAAAUAUCUACUUCUCUUUUAUUAGAAGAGAAUAAUCAGUCUAUUGAAGAUGAAGUGAUGUUUGAACCUUCUUCAUUCAUGCAAGUUAUAAGAACUAUUCCAAUAACAACUUUAGCAAACUCGAAAUCUCAUAAAAAAACAAAAUGUUUUGUUUGUCCUGUACCAGAAUGUGGUCAAAUUUUAGAUAAAGAGUGUAAAUUAAAAGUGCAUAUGUUUAGUCACAGUACUGAUACUAGGCCUUUUAAAUGUUCAUUUGAUGGCUGCGACUGGGCAUUCACAACGCCAUAUAGAUUACGUCGUCAUGAAGAAACUCAUUUAGGUUCAAAAGAAUAUAUUUGUGAUUUUGAAGGAUGUAACAGAAAAUUCACAACUAUUUAUAAUUUAAAAACUCACACAAAGCAACAUAAGUGGGCAAAUUCCUUAACUUGCCCUGCUAAAGAUUGUCAAUUAAGUUUUGCCAAUCGCAGAAAAUUAGAAUUACAUUUGAGGAUUCAUAAAGAUGUUGAGGCCCCUUAUAAAUGUGAACUUUGCGGGAAACAAUACUACUCUGCUAACUGCAUUGCUUCUCACUUGCGUACUCAUCAAUACAAUGAAGAUGAUUUUAAAUGUCCUUUUCAAGGUUGUGGGAAAGUGUACGAUAAGAUUUGUCGCUUAAAGCAACACAUUCGACAUCAUACGGGAGAUAGACCGUAUAUUUGUCCUGCUGAUGGCUGUAAAUGGAGCUUUAUGAGUGCGAGUAAGUUGACGAGACACAUGAGAAAACAUACUGGUGAAAGAAAAUUUGUGUGUACCGAACCGGGUUGUGGUAAGUCUUUUAUGCGUCCUGAACACUUGAAAGGACAUAUUGUUAUUCAUUCAGGCGAUAAACCUUUUCAUUGUCCUCAUGAAAAUUGUAAUGCUAGGUUCACUGCUAAAUCUAGUCUGUAUGUGCAUGUUAAAAAACAUUGUCCUAGUGUACUGAAAGUUGUUUAUCCGUGUCCUGUUACACCAUGUGUCAAAAAAUAUAAUAACAAAGCAACUUUAAGACAACAUCUUCUUAAAUUUCAUCCAGAUAAAAUGGGUGAUGGUAAAGAAUUAAAUAUUGCUGAAAAGCUAGAACUUACUAUGCCUGUGUCAUUAGUAAGUCAAAAUUCUGAUGCAUCUAAAAUACUUGAGAUUGAAGAAAGCAUAACAGAUGAUCCUGCAUCUAAUAUGAAUGGCCAACUACCUUCUGACUGUUCUGCCGGUUCUAGUAUUUCAUCCGAGAUUUUAAGUAAUUCUGUGCCAAAACAACCAAAAAGUCGUUCUCAAAAUCGAAACAAAGUGACAAUAAAACUUGCUAAUAACAAAAAUACCACAACAGAACUUAAAAGAAGAGAAAGCAAUUCUAGAUUUAUUAAAUUGUUCCAGAAAAAUAAAAACGGCUGUGCCAGGACUGAUAUAUAUUGUUCAUAUUUAAUAGAUUCUAAAAAUAUAGAACAAUCUCCAAGUUAUGUACUUUUUAAUCAAAAUAAUUAUGAUACACAGGAUUCUAAAAGCUAUUCUAAUCAGUUAAAUACCGAAGUGAAAUCGCCUGAUGUAAUGCUUGGGUCCUCUCUAAUAUUUCAAGACCAAACAUCUGAUCAGUUUUUGAAAAGUAGCUUUUUACCUGAUGAUUGUUCUAACGGUUUAUAUCAUGAGGAUAGUCUGUUAAUAAGUAGCUCUGCAUUUGAAGCAGAAUUAAUUCCUGUUUCAUUAUUAUCUGACAGUGUUGAAAGUGAUGAAUCAGUGCUUAUUGAUUCAUCGAGUGUGAUAUUUUCAGAACAAAAUAGUGUGGACAAUUUUAUUGAACCUAUUUCUCUGCAUGGUUUAGAAUGAAUUUUAUAUUACUAAGUGAUACUUUUGCUCACUUUCUCAAUGUUUUUACUUAAAUGUGUUAAAAAUGAACCUUUUUAAAGAAUUGUUUGUUAAUUUUUAAUUCUAAGCUUUCUGUAAAGUUUUGUUAUUGCUGUGAUUAUUAAAAUGAGCUUUUUUAUAUAAAUGUUUGAAUUCAAAUUUUUUGCACUAAUUUUAUGCUGCUUUUUGAUUUAGAAUUCUUAUGCCUGUUAAAUUCUCUUAUAAAACCUUGUUGAAAUGUUAUAAUAUGAAAGUAAUAAAUAUAAAUUGACUUCAA